GCUCAGACACUCGCCGUCGUUCUUCGGCUCCUGGUAGAUCUGAAAUGAUGACGAGGAGGAGAACCAAAGAUUAGCGGCACAUUCCCACUUCCUUCCGUUGUCUUCGUGUGAUCUUAAUAACCGGAAAUGGGGAAUAAGCAUAAAUAUCAUCCACAACAACGCGGACCGAGUUGUAGUGUGUGACACCCCGGAAGGCUACGCUCAAAUCCCGCUAUGAGCUCAUGGAAGAGAGGCUGGAGUGUUGAGUUCCACACCGGACGUGACGUUGUCAAGAUGGCUACGCCCUGCAACUACUAUAUUGAUGAGCGCUUGGCGUUUUAGGACAGCGGAUAAAAGAAUUCAAAGGGCGAUUGCUACACAUGAGAAUGUUGGUGAGAAUCUAUACAUUGGUCACAUCUUCUUGUUGCUGUGAAGCUCCAGACCACCCACACUGCUCCCACGGUGUGUACACAAUAUGCACCAGAGCAGAACGUUCAACUCGGGAAGCGACAGGAAACAGAUUCACUCUGAAAAUGCAUCUCUUCUUACUAAUUGCGUAAAGAUGAACUAAAGAGCUCCAACCGCUGGACAUCGGUGUCAACAGGGCGUUGAAAGUGACAUUGCGAGCGGCAUGAGAGCGAUGGAUUAAAGAUGGCGAAACACGAAGGCACCACCGGAUGGAUUCCGUGCAAUACAGGUGAAAUAUUAUUUCCCGUCAUGGCAGCAGGAAUAAUGGAUGAACCUGGUACGUCACAUUCCAACCAUCACGCAUGUGUAUGUUACUAUAUCCGCGGGCUCCACUCACCGAGUCGUGAUCGGCCCCACGUCACUUCUGACGCGACACCGGCUCGCCUUCGUCUGCACCUCCUUGGUAACUCCACGGAGCUUCAUCAUCUUCAUCGUCAGUAGCAGUCGCAGCAGCAGCAGCAUCAACAGCAUCACAUCCGCAUCUCGGCACGCGACUCCAAGCCUGGUAUGGACACCCACGGUGGGCACUGAGCAUCCAGGAACCAUGCCCACUGUCCUGUCCAGUGGCAGGGGGAAACUUUGCUUUGGAUUUCUGCACCGAUGCUCGUUUUCCUCUCAGGUGACAAGAGGCCGACACAGCUGUGCCAAAGAUAUUUGGGGGGACAUGACUCAGUCCUGCAGGCCAUCGCAGCAAGCCUUAGGAGGUGACCAGGCUCAACGAAUCCUCUUCAACCCUGCGGAUGGACAGCAGGCGACCACCCAACAGAGGCACGGUCAGGGGGACGCUCCGCAACGAACGACCCGUCACCCCCAUGUGGCGCCCCACAAGACGAUGCUUGUUGAUGACCUAAAACUGAGCAGUGAUGACGAUGACACCCAAAGGGCAACACAUCAAUCAGCUUCCUGGGAUGGACAAAGGAGGGUGAGACAUUCCAGCUCAGACUCCACGCGAUCCAACUCCACCGUGGAAUCAGGCAGUGGCAGCCUCCGUUCCCGCAGCUCCAGCCCAGUUGCCGCUUCACCUUCCGAGAGCAACAUCAAGGAGCCUGAUCGUCCUCCUUCCGCCCAAUGGCAAUUGGAUAAGUGGCUGAAGUUCCAGAAAAAAGCCGGAAGAAGUGAACGUUAUUCCACAGAGAGCAUUCCUGAGCACCCUCCAUCGUCACCCACCCUACGAGCCCCGUCUCCAGCAAGAUGCUGGGACAACAAUCAGGAAUACAGCCCUAGCCAAAGCCCCAUUCCCAGCCCGCAAUUGAGCUACAGGCCCGGCAGUCCCUUACCGAGUCCGGGUUACAGCUUCUGUCCAAGCCCGAUUCCCAGCACGUGUCCAAGUCCUAGCAACAGCACUAGGUACAGUCCCAUCCCGAGUCCAGCUCCCACUGUUGUCCCUAGUCCACACGGGACCCCAAGAGCACAGCACAGCCCAGUCCAGAGAGACCCUCCAGGAAGUCCUUUGCAGGGUUACAAUUACCCUGAGGUUGAAAGACUCACGACUAAUCCCCACCGGACAAAAAGUAGGUCACGGAUUGGCCCAUUGUGUAAUAGUACAGAACCUCCCCAGCACAGGCCCAAGUCGAGACCAACAGCAGACCAAGACCACAGACAAAAUAAAUCCAAAGCGGUUUUAAACUCCAGCGACAGUCACAACCACAAAUCGAGACCUCAGAACAGUUUGCAUCCAAGCACUAAAAGACCAGGCAAACACACAUCGUCACAGAGUGAGCAGAUCCAGGGCGGCAGGCCUGGCCACAGCUCCAACCACAAAACUCCAAGACCUCCAGUCCAACACAAAACAAAACACCACUUUCCGACCGGUUGUGAAACCAACCCCGGUCAAGGUUCUUGUUCCCAGUUGAGGUCAAAAGCUACCAGUAAUUAUCACUCAAGAUCCAGUCCCAACCUGGGACCAAGGGCCAAGUCUUGGGAGUCCAAAGCUCUCAGUGCUGUGCAUGUUCAUUCUUCGAAAACAUCACACCAGCAACUCCAGUCCAAGAAACGUGAGGUGGUCCAACAGGAGGUUUUUCUCACUGAAGCUGAAGAGAGGAAACACAGACAGAAAGAGGACAAGCACAGAGACUCAGAGACAAGGAAAGACAGGAGGCUGGCGGAGGAGCAGCUGCUGAGACGCCACUGGAUCGAGAGUUCCGCAGAAGACGAGGAGAAGGAAGAGGAGGAGGAGGCAGGGGCUAUCGAGAGGCAGAGGAGGAGAGACAAGAAGACAAAGGAGAAACAACAAAUCCGCUCCAAAGAGAGACACCCCCAAAGAAAAAACGAGAACCGGCGAGACCCUUUACCGUCACCUUCAUCCUCUGCCUCUUCACAUUCAGAUUCGGAAUUCCAGCCUCAAGUUACCAAGGUUCCUGCGGACUCCACUUCACUCCGCAAGAGAGGCCAACACGGCCCCGGCAGACCUGAUGCUAGCAAGUCCAAAGGAACCGAUCAGGGUCAGGAGAGCAAAACCAGACAAAAACUUUACACUCUGGUCCCGUUUGGGCGAAGCGACCAAGCCGCAGAAUCUUCUCACCGUGGUCUGAGGAACCUUGUAGUCCAGAUAGACCUCUGUCUCCUCAGGAGGGUCCCAGACACCGCUCAUAAUUUCAAGACCAAAGCUCCUUCUUCCUCCUCAAAAGAAAAGCAAAAAGAGACUAUGAAACAUCUCUACUUGCCAGAUUCUGUCUCCAAAGACAGUAAAAGGAAACGGAAGUUGGAGAAUGGAAUGUCACACAAAGACAGCAAGAGGAACCCGCCCCACGCCAAAGACGUCCCCAGACGUACAGAAUCGACAUUUCAUCCAGCUGAGCGUGGCUUUUCAACCGAAACCACACACAACGGAUAUUUAGAGGAGUACUUAGACAGUAAGGGGCCACUGUCUCCUUUGUCGCCACUGUCUGAUGACCCAGAUUCCAUCGGUUCGUCAUCCAAAACAAAAAAUGGUGAUGUGCAUCAUAUUGGUCACACACACAAGAACAAAGAUAAGAACAGAGAUUCAGGACCAGAGCCCAAGAUGGAGGUGGAAUGUGUCAAAGUGUCCAAGCAUUCUUCAUCAGAGUCCUGGGGCCCUGCUGGUCGCAGGGCGGCGAUACCUAACCCAGAGACGCCUCACCAUGCUGAGUACUACUUACAUGAAGCUAAAAGGAUGAAACACCGUGCAGAUGCAAUGGUGGACAAGCUGGGUAAGGCCGUGAACUACGUGGACGCCGCUCUGUCGUUCAUGGAAUGUGGCAAAGCAAUGGAGGAAGGCCCACUGGAGGCUAAAUCUCCUUACACCAUGUACACGGAGACGGUGGAGCUUAUAAGGUACGCCAUGAGGCUAAAGAGCCACUCCGGCCCCGGAGCACGACAAGAAGACAAACAGCUAGCGGUUCUCUGCUUUCGAUGUCUUGCCCUCCUUUACUGGCAGAUGUUUCGUUUAAAAAAGGACCAUGCACUGAAAUACUCCAAAGUACUACUCAACUAUUUUAAGACUUCACCCAAAGUGCCUGCAAUGCCAUCCUGCUGGGACAACACUGGCAAGGAUAUGGAAGGACCCCCUGCUUCUCUCUUGCCCAAUGCCAAACACCUCAAGAAGGGUUCACAUGGGGACAACGCCUCCCUGUCACUUAUAAGCAUUCCUCAGCGUAUCCACCAGAUGGCAGCAAACCACCUGAACAUCACCAACAGUGUCCUGUACAGCUACGAGUACUGGGAGGUAGCAGACAACCUUGCAAAGGAGAGUAAAGAGUUCUUCAAUUACUUGAAUACGCUGUCGGGGCCGCUGACGCUUCACAGUAGCAUCGCUCAUGCAGUCCAGUACACCAGGCAAGCUCUUCAGUGGAUACGCAUCAGUGCCAAACUUAACUAAUAAGAAGAAUUUUCCACUAGAGCUCUCCAGUGGAUUUGUCAUCAGGGUAUUCCAGUGUGGAAAUGAGCAAUUUUGGACUCUCUCGCUUCCUUUGGAUGAACCUGGAGAGAUGUGCAUUGUAAUGUGAAGCCUCUAAUCCUUUGCCAAAUGUCCAAUAGUGACAGAAACAGGACUUGAUCACUGUAUUGUCGGCAAAUUAAGGGCCUUCCAUACUUUAGCAAUGGUCUUCAAUGGUCCAAACAAGGAAAAAACAUUCACCACUUUUCCAAAAAUUGCCUUGUUGGAGAAUUUCAAUGUCUUAUUUAGGUAGCUAAUAUUUUCAUAAAAUUUGUUUUA